AUGGCAGGAAAAGGUGGUUUUAGUAGCUUGGAAGAGUGCCUGGAUAAGUACAUUCCUCCAGAGGAGCUGGCGGAAGUCAAGAGAAUCCUCUAUGGGCGUGAAAAAGAGCAAACAAUCGCUUUAUCGGAAGAAACGCUCAAAAUUGCCAAAUUAAAUGAUUUCGAGGUGAAAGGAUAUCGCUUUGGGGCUGAGAAGGAGCAUCUCAGAUCACCAAGAAUUGUCCGUGUGGCUGCUGUGCAGAAUAGCAUUGUGACAGAAACAACAGCUCCUGUUGAUGUGCAACGAAAUGCAAUUUACAGCAAAAUUGAGAAGAUCAUUGCAGCUGCUGCUGCAUCCGGAGUUAACAUCUUGUGCCUCCAGGAAGCCUGGACCAUGCCCUUUGCCUUCUGUACGCGCGAGAAGACACCUUGGUGUGAAUUCGCUGAAUCCGCUGAGGCAGGGAGUUCAACAAAGUUCCUCCAGCCACUGGCAAAGCAGCACAACAUGGUGAUCAUCUCCCCAAUCCUCGAGCGUGAUCACGAGCAUGGAGAAGUUCUCUGGAAUACAGCUGUUGUCAUUUCGAAUGCGGGGAAAGUCAUCGGGAAGCACCGGAAGAAUCACAUCCCCCGCGUUGGGGACUUCAAUGAGUCCACCUACUACAUGGAGGGGAAUACCGGGCAUCCGGUGUUUGAGACUGCCUUUGGACGCAUCGCCAUCAACAUCUGCUACGGACGUCAUCAUCCGCAGAAUUGGAUGAUGUUCGGCAUCAAUGGGGCUGAGAUUGUGUUCAAUCCCUCCGCCACGGUGGGGGCACUGAGUGAGCCUCUGUGGGCCAUUGAAGCCCGGAAUGCAGCCAUUGCCAAUUCCUACUACACCGUGGCCAUUAAUCGCGUGGGCACCGAGGAAUUCCCCAAUGCCUUCACUUCCGGCGACAAGAAGCCUCCACAUCGGGAUUUUGGGGCCUUCUACGGAUCUUCCUACGCCACAGCUCCAGAUGGGGCUCGUACACCUGGCCUAUCGCGCCACAGGGAUGGACUCCUGAUCACAGAGAUGGAUCUCAAUCUCUGUAGGCAGGUGAAGGAUUGGUGGGGCUUCAGGCUCACGCAGCGUCUCCCCUUGUACGCUGAAGCUCUCACAGAAGCCUCCAAGUUGGACUACAAACCCCAGAUUGUCAAGGAAUAGUGAGGGGAGCAGGGUCUGAAGGAUUAUUUUAUGUUCUUUAAAGUCUUUAAUCUUCCUUAGAGGAAGUAAUUUUUUUCAGGGAAUUUCAGGAAUUGUUUAUUUCGUUAAUAAAAAAUCAUUUGAUCAAACAAA